UAUUCGAAGCUCUCUCAAUAAACGAAUAGGAAAACAGUUUGUACGGCAUACACCAAUCACAAAAUGCUUUCUUUCGUUGCCUACAGUAAUUCCAGAGACGCGCAGUGAUUUCCGAAUCAGUCGUCUGUCUGCCACGAAAGAUUUUCAGUGUUGUCAAGGAUCGGAGACGUGCGUUCUCGGUGCAAAGGUGUACACAGUGGUUGUAUGGACAGUAAACAAAGUGAUCGUGCAUUACGUAUCCGUGAUACUUUUUUAUCGAAGUGGUACAUUUUGAAGCUUCGAAGUUUGUAUAUAUGUACGGAAAUAUGCGCGAAAGGGAAGAAUUUUGUCGAAGUUUUCCACCAGGACAACCAAUCCAGGCACCGACGACACGGGCUCUGGGCCUUGACGCGCUGCAUAGUCUUUGUAAAGAGAUCUAUCCCGACCAAAGCAAUCCGCUCACUGUCACUGCAGUCGUAAAAUAUUGGUUGGGGGGUCCCGAUCCUUUGGACUACAUAAGCAUGUACGAAAAUCCUGGCUGUCCUGAACUAGGUGUACCACCACACUGGCAUUAUAUUAGUUUGGGUUUGUCGGAUCUACAUGGAGAUGGACGGAUACAUCCAAAAAGUGGACCUGGUCGUCCAAGUGGUUUUGGGUUUGAAUUGACCUUCAGAUUGGUCAGGGAAAGGAACGAGAUGACUCCCCCUACAUGGCCUGCCAAUGUGAUGCAGCAACUAGCCAAAUAUGUUUUCAAUUCUGGUAACAUGUUGUUGCCUGGUGACCAUGUGUCGUGGCAUGCUCCUUUGGAUAAUGGGAAUGGUCGUAUUACACAAAUUUUGAUGGGCAGAGAUCCACAGUUACCAGUGUCUAUAUCUACUCCUCAUGGUGAUGUUUCCUUUGUUCAAAUUGUGGGAGUUACUUCUGAAGAACUGUUAGCUGCACAACACUGGAAUGGUUUAGGUCUUGUAAAUUUGUUAAAGGCCAGUCGUGGUUGUGGACCAUGGUUGGUGACAGAUAUGAGAAGAAUACAUUCUGUUAUGGAGGAUGAUCCUUCCAUAGCAGAGAAAAUACAAAUUGGUAUAGAAAAAGAAGGUUCUAAUUUAAGUGGUGUAUCUGCCAAAUGUUGGUGGGUACAAGUUAAUAGUGAUAGCAAUAUAGAAAAAUACAGGGAGACAAGGAACGAAUCAGAUGAAGAAGAGGAAGACAUAAAACCAAUAAUAAAGUCAGAAAGGUUGUCUCCCUGUGAGCAGGAUAUCAAUUUGUCACAUGAAAACUUGAUUAAAGUUUUACCAGGACUUCAUUUAACAUUUAAUCUUGAAGCUGGAUCCCUGUUACCAUUAGCAAUCAAGGGACGUGUGAUGCAUGGAAGGCAUUUUACAUUUAAAUCCAUACUAUCUCAUACGGCUAUUACAAUUGUUGCACCAUCAGUUACUGGUACUCUAGUUUCUAGAGAAAAGCCAUAUGUAGUUCAAGGGCCAUGGUUACAAGUAUUACUUCCAGAAGACUUAUCUGAAAGAAUGGCUCAAGAGUUUCAAGUUCUAAAUUCACCAAAUCAGAUUCAGUUACCAAAAACAUUUUCUUGGCCUGAAUAUAAACUAGUUAUUACUGUCGUGAAUGACUGAGAAAUGGAGAUUAGGGUGGCUAGAAUUAUCCAAAAUUGAUUCACGUUACACGUUUAACCAAGUUAGGAUAAAUUGACAUAAGCAAAGUAUUAUCUAAUGUUGAUACGAAGCGAAUUUCGACGAAGUUAUUUAUAAUCGUGCGUAUACGAUUAUCGUGUACACGAUAGAACUGCAAGACUUUACGUAUCAACGUGUAGAAGAAGAGGUAAACUAUAUUUAAUACGCAUCUAUUUGUUAGCGGAACAUAACCACAAAAUAUAUUUUUUAUCGAUGACAAUUUUUAUACGCCUCUCUUUUACAAGUUGAUGCUUGUUAACAAUUUAUAUUUAAUUAUGUAUAUAAUAGAACACGAAGUAUAAAGUGUAAUUGUAUUUGAUAUACGAGUUUACACAUUGUUACUUUAUAUAGAACGUUUUUGUAAAUAGAGAAUCUCACAAAUCUGACAUCAUUUCGUGUCAGAGUCCUGUACCAAUUUUUAUAUUAAAAAGAAUAUGUAUAAUAGAACAAAAUAUAAGAAAUAAUAUUUAUAAGAUACAAUUUAUUUUUUCGUUUUCUUCGUACAAAUUGUAUUCAUAGUACACGGUUCACGUUUGUAAUCUUCCUUUUUUGAACCUAUAGAUCAGUAGGACUUUUACUGACACAAAAAUACAUAUUUUUUAAAAGUGA